AUGUUUAUACUGUCAACAGUUUUGUUAUCAAGUAUAUUCAUUUUUAUUAGUAGUACAAUGUCUCAAAUAAUAGAUGAUGAGAGUUGUGAAACAUUACAGUCAGAAGUACAUAUUACAAAAGACGAAUACGAUGAAAUAGGACGUUUAAAAAGAACAUGUAGUGGAGAUAUACCUGUCACAAAAUGCGAAGGGUUUUGCAGUUCACAAGUGCAACCAAGUGUUGCGAGUACAACUGGAUUUUCAAAGGAAUGUUACUGCUGUCGAGAAAGUUACUUAAAGGAGAGACUUAUUAUCUUACACCACUGUUAUGACGCAGAUGGCAUAAAAUUACUGAAUGAGGAAGACAAAAUAAUGGAAAUUAAAAUACGAGAACCGGCAGAGUGUAAAUGUACUAAAUGCGGCGUCGAUGAAUGCCAGGCGACUCCAGUUAUUCACUUUUUGCAAUACCCAGGAUGUGUACCAAAACCAAUUCCCAGUUAUGCAUGUAGAGGACGCUGUAGCAGUUACCUACAGGUGUCUGGAUCAAAAAUUUGGCAAAUGGAGAGGAGCUGCAUGUGUUGUCAAGAAAGCGGCGAAAGGGAGGCCAGUGUAUCCUUGUUUUGUCCAAGGGCCAAACCGGGCGAGAAAAAAUUCCGAAAGGUAAUUACCAAAGCGCCUCUGGAAUGUAUGUGCAGACCAUGCACAAGCGUAGAAGAAUACGCAAUUAUUCCUCAAGAAAUUGCUGGAUUUGCUGACGAAGGUCCGUUUACAACUUCUGCUCAUUUCAGAAGGUCGUCCGACCUACAAUAG